UGCUCCCCCCUCGGUUUAACCAAACAUUAACCCUGUUUUACUCAAUUGAUUAAGAACAAAAUUCCAGCUCUUAAGUGCUGAUCACCGUCGUGGUUAACUUCUCCGAUCGUGUGUGCAUUCGUCAAUUCACUCCUCCUCGAAAUCAUCACCAAAAACAAUGGGAUUAGGUUUCACUAUUGGAUUCAUUGGUGUUCUGAUUCUAUUUCACGCUGCUUAUUCAACCAUCCAAUAUAGGGCUUUGUUGAAAAUUACUGAAGAAGAGUUUUCUGGUUCUCCUUUGAGCGUGGUGUUUGAACUGUCUUUAGGAUUGUUACUUUGUACUUGGGCUGCUUUGACCGUGCCAGGGAAGUUUUUGUGUAUCCACCCAGAUUCUGAAGAGAAUAGGAUUGUUUCUUUACCUGCCAACAUGGACUUCAUGAUCUUUAACCACCGGGGCAAAAUCUUUCCAGUUGAAAUGAACGAGAAGUUGAGACAUUGAGGACUUAUACAAGGGAGAAAAUUAUCUUCUUGGCAUUGAGUUUUUUUAAAAACAUUUGACACCUCUAUUGGUUCAUGUACUAGUUUUUGCAGUUUUCUUUUGUAGCUUCAUAAUUUACUUUUUUUGUAAUGGAUACCUGUCUGUAAUUUGGACGGGAUGUUACUAUUACUACUAUGGCCAUUUAUUUAUGAUGAGGUAGCCACAAGUUGACCA